AUGCCGGUAAUCGAGCAGAGGGCGCCGGGCCAGGGUUCGGUGUAUCCGGCUGUCGUGGAAUCGACAACGGCACAGAGUCAGUGGUUAAGCUACACGAGCACCACGGAGCAAGCAUGGGCGACCACAUCGACUCCAGAGGGAUGGGUGACAAGUUACACAACCCAGACCGGCUGGAUCUCCAGUUAUACCACCACGACAGAUUGCAACUGUGAAUGGCCAUCCUCCACACCCAUCAUCGUCACUCCAACUACGACAAGUGUGAUCCCCGUUCAAACCACCACGCCUGCAGGCGUCAUUGUCGUUGACCACAGUCAGCAUGGCCUAUCGCCCGGCGCUGUGGGCGGCAUUGUGCUCGGCGUCUUCUUCGGCGUCCUCUUACUCUUCCUCCUGUGUCUCUGCUGCUUCCGCAACUACCGUGGCCGCAAGUACUAUGCCAGCGACUCGUCUUCCUCCUCCUCUAGUCACUCGCCGCGACGAAAACCGCCUGUGGUCAUCAUCGACCCUUACCCUAAUCGACCCGAAGCGAAUCUCACCUUCGUCGGCGGAGGGAACUACCCGGGCACCAGGGUCAUGGUCACAAAGACGCAGAAGAUCUUUAUACGGCCCCCGCCCGUCAGGCAGGUCAGAACAGUGAGGCAAACGAGGAGGGCUGAGAAAAUUGUGGUCGUGGAGGAGGACGAUUGA